AUGAAGAAGGGAAAGUCGAAAACCAAAAAAAAGCUCCCCAAGGGUCAGGAGAGAUACAUACCGACGCAGGAGGAAGUGGAAAAAAGAAAUGCAGAAAUUACGAGGAAGCAACAGAAGGAAGAGCCCGAGAAGACCUCAGAGGUGGGGUCUUUGCCAAGUGGAUCAAUGAGCGUGGCCGACUCUCAAGAACAUAGCUCAGAAAAUGAAAAGAAGACCCCAAAGAAAAAGGUCAGAAUAGUGGUAGACGAAAAGGUAAAGGAAAAGGAAGACAAAAAGGAGAAAGAUGAAAAGAAACCAAACAAAGAGAAUGAGGACCUCCCCAAGUAA